AUGGGGAAUUUGAAAGAUGUUAUUCAACUGGCAACGCGAAAACCUAUGCAUCCAGCGAUAUCAGCAUUGUAUGAAGUAAUUCGUGAAUAUGCUCGCAACGUGGACGAACGAAUAGUCCAAGGGGAAUUACACAGGUUAAGGGAUGUGACAGAUCCGUUAUUAGGUCCAAGUGAUAAUGGCGAGGAUGAACGUAAUGCAAUAUCUGUUAGAGACAACGGAGUACCAUGCACAGCUUUUUCAUAUCCCAGUAUCAAAUUGACACAUCGACAACAGUUGACCCGCUCACUUCUUUACGCGCUCCAAGUGCUUGUUUCGAUGUUUAUCAUGCUUAUAUUUAUGACUUAUAAUGGAUAUUUGAUGAUUAGCGUGGUCGUUGGGUCCGGUAUGGGUUUCUAUUUGUUCACAAAACGUACCUUGUCUGUAGCGCAAGCGACGGCGACUAAAAGUGUAGCAUGUCAUUGA